CGCGCGCGCCCGCCCGCCCGCUCGCUCGCUCGCUGGUGUGAGCUGGACCAAAGCUCGGGCUGCCACGUCUCUCUCCGCUAAGGGGGAGGAGGCAGAGAGCUGGAACAAAGUGGACCCGAAAGCCUUGGCCUGCCUCAAGGCCCCUUGUAGUUUUUCCUGUCCUGGCAGAAGGCAGCGGUCUCAUCAGACUUUUACUUGAUUGCAUUAAUUCUAGGAACAUAACUGGAUAUUAAAAUUAAACCAAAUCGAUUGUUUUGUGGAACUGUCCUUUGGAAUGCUAUUUUCAUAAUGAGUCAACAAGGUUAUGUGGCCACACCGCCCUAUUCUCAGUCCCAGCCUGGGAUAGGCCUCUCUCCACCGCAUUAUGGGCACUAUGGGGAUGCUUCCCAUGCAGCUUCUCUGCCAGGUAUGAUGAAGCCAGUUGGGAACCUGGGGGCUGCUGCCCCGGGGGUGAUGGUGCCUCCUGGUCCACCACUUCCUGGACCCCAUCAGUUAGGCCCGAAUGCAGCUCAUGCCUCAGGUCCUUCUCCCCAAAGAUUUCCAGGCCCUCCACCUGUCGUCAGUGCGGCGCCCACUUAUGCACAGUACCAGCCUUCUACACAGUCCACUUAUGCAAGUCCUGUGUCCACUUCAUCUGUUACCCAUCUGGGCAGUCAGCUCAGUCAGCUGCAAGUCAACAGCUAUGGUUCAGGCAUGGCUCCCCCUGGCCAAGGGCCCCCUUGCCCUCCGUUGGCAGCAUCCUUUCAGGGUCCUCCACGACCUCCACAGCCUCCACAGCCGUCCAUUUUGCAGCCUGGAUCCCAGGUUCUUCCACCACCGCCGACCACACUGAAUGGCCCCAGUGCCUCACCACUGUCUCCACCCGUGCACAGACAGGAUGGCCUCCCUGGGCCACCACCUCUGAGUGCCCAGUACCAGCCCCCGCCCCCGCCAGGCCCUGUGAUGGGUGCUGGAUAUCCUCCACAGCAGCAGGCAGCCAACUAUGGCCCGCAGAUGGCUGGUGCACAGCUCUCCUACCCAGGAGGCUUCCCUGGGGAUGCUGAGCAGAUGGCUGGGCCACUCCCACCCCAGAAGAAGUCGGAUCUUGACUGCAUCCCCAGCCCUAUCGAGGUGAUCGAAAAUGACAGAGCUAUAAGAGAGGGACAAGUUUAUGCCACCAACACUAGAGGCCAGGUGCCCCCCCUGGUCACUACAGACUGUGUGAUACAAGACCAAGGCAAUGCCAGCCCUCGGUACAUCCGCUGCACAACGUACUGUUUCCCAUGCACGUCAGAUAUGGCCAAACAGGCUCAGAUUCCCCUUGCUGCUGUCAUCAAGCCCUUUGCCACAAUUCCUUCCAAUGAGACUCCGCUUUACCUGGUGAAUCAUGGAGAGAGUGGGCCAGUCCGAUGUAACAGGUGCAAGGCCUACAUGUGCCCCUUCAUGCAGUUCAUCGAGGGAGGAAGGAGGUACCAGUGUGGGUUUUGCAACUGUGUGAACGAUGUUCCACCAUUCUAUUUCCAACAUCUGGACCACAUUGGAAGAAGAUUGGACCACUAUGAGAAGCCUGAGCUAUCUUUAGGAUCGUAUGAAUUCGUUGCUACUUUGGAUUACUGCAGAAAAAAUAAGCCUCCGAAUCCACCAGCCUUUAUCUUCAUGAUUGAUGUUUCAUACAGUAACAUAAAGAAUGGACUUGUCAAGCUUAUAUGUGAAGAACUGAAGACUGUGCUGGAAAAACUUCCAAAGGAGGAGCAAGAAGAGACAUCUGCAAUCCGAGUUGGUUUUAUCACAUACAACAAAGUUCUCCAUUUCUUCAAUGUGAAGAGUAAUCUGGCCCAGCCCCAGAUGAUGGUGGUGACUGAUGUUGCGGAGGUCUUCGUUCCAUUGCUGGAUGGGUUCCUUGUCAACUAUCAAGAAUCCCAGUCUGUGAUUCACAAUUUAUUGGACCAGAUUCCAGAGAUGUUUGCAGACUCUAAUGAAAAUGAAACUGUCUUUGUUCCUAUCAUUCAGGCUGGCAUGGAAGCAUUAAAGGCGGCAGAAUGUCCUGGGAAGCUGUACAUCUUCCAUUCCUCCUUGCCAACUGCCGAAGCACCAGGAAAGCUCAAAAACAGGGAUGACAAAAAACUGGUUAAUACAGACAAAGAGAAGAUACUUUUUCAGCCCCAAACAAACAUCUACGACUCACUGGCCAAGGACUGCGUGGCCCACGGCUGCUCGGUGACCGUCUUCCUCUUCCCCAGUCAGUAUGUGGAUGUGGCUUCACUGGGUCUUGUUCCUCAGCUCACUGGAGGAACUCUUUACAAAUACAACCAUUUCCAGAUGCAUUUGGACAGCCAACAAUUUUUGAGUGACCUCAGAAAUGACAUUGAAAAGAAAAUAGGCUUUGAUGCCAUUAUGAGGGUUCGUACCAGUACAGGCUUCAGGGCCACGGAUUUCUUUGGUGGAGUUUGUAUGAACAACACCACUGACGUGGAAAUGGCUGCCAUUGACUGCGACAAGGCGGUGACGGUGGAGUUCAAGCACGACGACAGGCUGAGUGAGGACAGCGGAGCCCUCAUCCAGUGUGCUGUGCUUUACACCACCGUCGGUGGCCAAAGAAGACUUCGGAUUCACAAUCUUGGCUUGAGCUGCAGCUCCCAGUUAGCCGAUCUUUAUAAGAGCUGUGAAACAGAUGCCCUCAUCAACUUCUUUGCCAAGUCAGCCUUUAAAGCAGUUUUACACCAGCCUUUGAAGGUCAUCCGGGAAAUUCUGGUCAAUCAGACUGCCCACAUGUUGGCGUGUUACCGGAAGUACUGUGUGACUUCCACUAUCGCAAGACAGCUUAUUCUCCCAGACUCCAUGAAAGUAUUGCCGUUGUACAUGAAUUGCUUGUUAAAAAACUGUGUGCUGCUCAGUAGACCAGAGAUCUCCAUAGACGAGCGGGCGUACCAGAGACAGCUGGUCAUGACCAUGGGCGUGGCCGACUCGCAGCUUUUCUUCUAUCCACAGCUCCUGCCAGUACACACCUUAGACGUGAAGAGCGCAGCGCUGCCUGCUGCUGUGCGCUGCUCCGAGUCUCGCCUCUCAGAAGAAGGCAUCUUCCUCCUGACCAACGGUCUGAACACAUUCCUGUGGCUGGGAGUGGGUAGCCCGCCCGAAGCGAUCCAGGGAAUAUUUAAUGUGCCAUCUUUUGCACACGUCAACACAGAUAUGACACUGCUGCCUGAAGUGGGAAAUCCGUAUUCUCAACAACUCAGAAUGAUAAUGAAUGUUAUCCAGGAGAAGUGGCCAUAUUCAAUGAAGCUCACGAUAGUAAAACAGCGAGAACAGCCAGAAAUGGUUUUUCGACAGUUCCUGGUAGAAGACAAAGGACUUUACGGAGGAUCAUCUUAUAUGGAUUUCCUUCGUUGUGUUCACAAGGAAAUAUCUCAGCUGCUUAACUGAAUCGUCUCUGCUGCUGAUGUCGCAUUUCUGGAGACAAUCUCCUUCUUGGUGCCUAAUUUUGCCCAUGAUAGUAGGCUAAUUUUCUUUUUCUGAUCAUUUUCAGAAUAGCUUUCCAAGAUGGCAUUUAGAACUUCAGCUUUGGUGCUAAAGUAUAAAGCCAGUGAAGGUACAGUUGUACCCUAAAGAGAACGGUCUAUUUCUGACUGCACAAAAUUUUUAAUUUCUAAAACUCAGUUUGCAUUUCAUGAAAAGUGUGGUAUCUUAGUCCCUUUCUUUGUUGCUGGGACAAGAUGCCCAGCACUUACAGUUCAUGAUUGUGGUCACCUCCAAGGCAGAAGCAGCACAGCAGAGGGGCUCAGUGCAGGAAAGCUACUUCAGUCCUGGUGGCCAGGAAUUGGGAGAUCAGGUCAUGUUCCCAGUGAGCCAGCUCCUCCAGCCAAACCACAUCUCCUGUCCAGGUCAACCACACACCCUUCAGUGGACCAGCAUCCCAUGACAUAGUCACCUCCCAAACCUGAGACUUUCCGGGACACUGCAGACUCAAACAAUAAUAUAUACUUUACAUUCUCAACAUUCUUUCUUUGUCCUAGACAUAAAUUAUUUUUCAAACUGUAGAUUUGAGGUACAAAGUUGUUUUGGUUCCUCUCCCAUUUGCCACAAAGGGAGAAAACGAUUUUUACAGUUUACCUAAUUUUUAAACCAUAUAAAUCCUCUAAACACAUUUUCAGUCUAAAGUUUGCAUAGCAAACCUUUAGUAACCUUGGAAUCUGAUAGAACAGUUUUUGUUCUACUUUGUCUAUGUCAAAACUAUUUUCCAGCUGUUUGGUCUAUAAAACUAUCAAUAUUCAUAAUAGUUCUUUGUACAAUUUUACAGUUUCUACUUGUAUAUAAUGGAUCUUAACCAGCAUCAAUAAAUCACUUGAUAUAC